CCGCGGGAAACCAAAAUGGCGAAGGUCUGCGACCGAACCGGCCCGUUUGGGUAUAAUAUGUAAGGGAAAGCUGUCUCCUGGUGUUCGUUCACCGCUCUCCGCGGAGGGAGCCGUCUGCCACGGAGUUAAUUAGUUUGCGCCGCUGUGUUUUCGCUGUGAGAAGCGCUCCGCACCACAGAAGUGACCGAAUGAGAGACGUAACUGUUGUGGGCAACUCAUUGGUCCUCAAAAGAUCCCCUAUCCACCGGCGUCCGAAGACCUUUGAGUCCUUGACCAAGCUGUCUGUACGGCAUGGACAGAAAUCCAAGAGACGAGUGUGUAACUUUGAAGAAGGUCAAGAUGUCCUAGCAAGAUGGUCAGAUGGAUUGUUUUAUCUUGGAACUAUCAAAAAGAUAAAUAAGUUUAGACAAAACUGCUUUGUCUCGUUUGAAGACGGCUCGAAAUCGUGGGUGCUCUGGAAGGACAUUCAGACGGGAGCUGCUGAAAGCGAGGAAAUGGUUUGCACAAUAUGCCAAGAAGAAUAUUCUGACGCACCAAAUGAAAUUGUUAUUUGUGACAAAUGUGGACAAGGUUAUCAUCAGUUGUGCCACACUCCGAAGAUCGACCCGGGCAUUAUAGACACAGAUGAGAAAUGGCUAUGUCGGCAGUGUGUUUUUGCCACUACAACAAAGAGGGGAGGAGCUCUGAAAAAAGGUCCAAACGCCAAAGCCCUGCAAGUCAUGAAGCAGAGUCUACCUUACAAUGUAGAAGCCUUGGAAUGGGAUAUAGGCCAUAAGACCAAUGCACAGCAAUGCUACUGCUAUUGUGGAGGACCUGGAGACUGGUAUUUAAAGAUGCUGCAGUGCUGCAAAUGUAAGCAGUGGUUCCAUGAAGCCUGUGUGCAAUGCUUGCAAAAACCUAUGCUUUUUGGUGACAGAUUUUAUACAUUUAUUUGUUCAGUCUGCAAUUCAGGACCAGAAUACCUCAAACGUCUAUCUUUACGAUGGGUAGACAUAGCACACCUUUGCCUAUACAAUCUAAGUGUAAUUCAUAAGAAGAAGUACUUUGAUUCAGAGCUCGAACUAAUUACAUACAUAAAUGAUAACUGGGAUCUAUUGCACCCUGGUGAGCUUGCUGACACACCCAAAGCAGAGAGAUAUGAACGAAUUCUGGAGGCGUUGAAUGAAAAUAAAACAAUGUUCAUGUCUGGGAAAGAAAUAAAGAAAAAGAAACAUUUGUUUGGCCUUAGAAUCCGUGUCCCCCCAGUUCCUCCAAAUGCAGCAGUGAAAAUGGAAAAGGAAGAAAGCACUUCUCACGAGUUUAAGAUUAAGGGCAGGAAGUCUUCAAAACUUGUACCUGUUACAAAAGAAGUAACAAAUGGUGAAGUGAAAAAGAGGAAACCUGUAGGUCGACCUCCAGGCUCUCACAGAAGAAAAAUUCUGCAGAUUGAAAUGUGCAAGACGCAGGUUUUGAAUACAGAAACAGCCGCGGUAUCAGAAAAUUCUGUAUUAGAAUUACAAGAUCAGUCUCGAAAACCAGAUGUUAACAAUUUCUCGCAAAAUGUAGACUUGGAGUCCAGUGGUGCUGCCAGUUCAAAAGAAACUACCUCAACUUCUGUUUCUAGCCCCCCAUCAGACUUCAGAAGAGUCACACGCACAGGGAGGUCUUGGUCAGCUACUUUACCACUACCUAAGAAGCGAGGCCGCCAUCCACGUAAAGCUCUGCAAGCUCACAAUUCAGACAUGGGAAAAAUUGAUGAAGGAAAAGAAGAUUCUAAUGUUUCUGGACUCAAUACAGAUAUUGUAAAAAACUUAACUGACCAGGAUUUGCAGAUGCAUCAUCUGAAAAAUUCCAUUACCAGCUAUUUUGGUGCUGCAGGUAGAAUAGCAUGUGGUGAAAAAUACCGUGUGCUUGCACGUCGAGUUACACCUGAUGGAAAGGUGCAGUACCUUGUAGAAUGGGACGGUGCGACUGCUUCUUGACCACUGAACAGUUUAAUGGCCACUUCAUCAAGGUUCCUAAAAUUAAAAAAAAAA